AACCUGACCAGGUCAUUGCUAUACAACAGGGGCGAGUAUCAACAUUUCGAGUUGGGAGUCAAACUCGUUAAAUAAAAACUAUAUCACCCCAAAUGAAUUUAUAACGUUAUCCCGAUAAGCUUUUGGAGCAAGGCGCGGCUUUAACAAGCGCAGACGACGAGAAUCUUGAAAACAGACCAAACGAAAUCUGAGGCCUCUGUGAUACAAUUCGCCUCCGAUUGUCUUAACGAUGUCGUCUAGCGUAUCCAGUAGUACCUCCGUGGUACAAAAUAAGAAAAAAGGCAACGUGGGAGGGACUCCAUACAUCCCUAGUUAUAUGGACUUAACGAAUGGACCAGAACCAUGUGUAGUGUGCAGUGACGCGGCAACAGGAUAUCAUUACAGAUGCAUGACCUGUGAAGGUUGCAAGGGUUUCUUUCGAAGGACGAUACAGAAAAAUCUCAAAUACCACUGUAAGUGGAACAAUAAUUGUGUCAUCGACAAAACAACACGAAACCAAUGUCAACAAUGCCGUUAUAGAAAAUGCUUAGCAGUUGGCAUGGCCACAGAUCUUGUACUAAACGACAAACAGAGGGUAGCCAAAAGGAAGCUGAUAGAGGAGAAUAGAGAAAGGCGGCGGGUGGAACAACACAGUCUAGCCAAAGUUCCCAAACAGGAAGGGUGUUAUGGAGAGGAACUGACAGACGAAGAUAGAAUCCUUAUAGAUGAAAUACAAGCAGCUUAUGAUCAAACAGCAGUACAAAUCAACAAAACAUAUACUUUACCUGAGUGCGAAGCCCAACCGAGGGAGCGAACCGACCCCGAAGUUUGGCAACAAUUGGCGCAAGUUAUGACCCCAUCCAUUGUUAAAGUUGUGGAAUUUGCAAAGCGAGUUCCAGGCUUUUGCCAAUUAAACGUUGAUGACCAGAUUUUACUACUGAAAUCCUGCUGCAUGGAAAUUAUAUGUUUGCGAGCUGCCUGUCGGUACAACCCAGAGGCCCAGACAUUAACAUUGCAGAAUGGUCUAACUUUGCACAAAUCCCAGAUGCAUACUGGAGGACUUGGUUUACUAGUUGAACCUAUAUUUGAGUUUGCAGUAGGCCUUGCUAAACUAGAUUUGGACCAAACUGAAAUUGCAUUGCUUGCUGCUGUAUUAUUAAUGCAAUCAGAUCGAACAGGUUUGCGUGAACCAGAAGUUGUUGAAAAACUUCAAGAUGCUGUAUUGGGCGCUUACAAACGUUACAUUGCUGAAGUUAGACCGCAUCAGCCAGUCCACUGGGCCAAGAUUUUAAUGAAAGUCACUGAUCUACGUACAAUUAGCACAAGACAUGCAGAGCGUGUGUUGUGUAUAAAGCUUGACUGCCCAGGAAAUAUUCCUCCAUUGUUCUUGGAGAUGUUCGAUGAAGGGGUAAUGCCUGUUAUUCUGAGGGAACUGCUGUUGGCUCCUCUUGUAGACAUCGUCCCCCAAUUACGAUAUGAAAUGGGAAUGCCUCAACAGGCUCCACGCCCGCCUGCUCCACCCCAGUACAGAAUGCCUCAGUACGCUAUGGCGGACACAAUGCCACCCCUGGCGCCUGUUCCCAAUUUACCACCAGAAUAUGAUAUGCCACAUUACACGCAACUCUAAAUGAUGGGAUACCUCACUUAGCUGGUGAUAACUUUAAAGCAUUAAAGACUAACCUUAAUAAUGGCCCAGUGUUAAAAUUAAAACACUGCUCGUUGUAAUACAUAUAUAAAUUGUAUAAUAUAAGAUAUAAUUAAUUUGCUAAUGCAUUUCAACAUGUACUAUGAUUUAAUCUCUGUAUAGAUAAAAAUUAACCUAUAUUUAUUUUUUAACUUACACUUUCACCCUUCAUUAAAUGAAAUAAAAUUUGUUGAGAACGCUUGUAGAUUAGUUAUGCUUCAACAGCUAGAGAUAUCAUUAUGGCACAUUCUUAGAAGGAUGUAUCAUGUAAAAUAUAUUUUAAUUACACACCAAUUUAAAAUGCUUGUGAUGAAAAACCAAUUCUAAACUUAUUUUAUCGAAUUGUUGGCAUUGUAUGUCUAUGUUAGGUGAGUUAUGUUUGGACGGUUCUCAAAUUUAGUUGGAGGAAUCGUGUACAGUAUUGUUUUUCGAAAGAGUUAUAUAUUUGUUUAAAAUCACACCUAAGGGUGCAAUGAUUUAAGAAUGACUGUGAUUUGCAUCAGAUUGCUUUGACGUGCAGAGCAUGCAAAGUAUAGGUAGUUUUAGCAUCAUAUUAUAUAUUAUUAUAAAUAACUCUAUACGUGCCAUGCUUAGUAUCAUAACAUUUACAACGCAAUUCGGAUUGCUAGAAGCACUUCAAUUUCUGAAGCUUUUGGAAAAGUCCAUGAACAUCAUUUUACAAAUGUUUUAUUUUGAAUUAAUAAAACACUGAAUACAUAAGUUUACCAGAGAACAUUUGUUCAUUCUGUAUCACUACAGUGAAACAAAACAAUUGUUAGCAAUAAUAAAUGGAAACUUUGGACAGUCAUAAGACAUUUAAUAGACUUCUAUUGCACCAAAUGCAAUGGAUUCAACAUCUUUUAUACACUGUUAUUCAGAUUUGAUUUUUAAUAAUUAUUCUGACUGAACUAUUAUAGUUGGUAGGAAAUGUUUUCUUAGUAGUUGUUGUAUGAAUAAGACCAGAUUGCAGAAUGCAGGCUUGUUGCGUAUUUGCUCUAUAAGCUUGACUAUACACAUUUCUACCUCAUGUAACAUUGCACUUUAUGUAAGAAAGAAGUCACAUAUUAUUAUAGCCUUUGCAGUAUUUAUCUGUUUAAGAUGUGAUGAAACUGACAGGCAGUAAGCAGUGAUACUUAUUGUACAUUCAUUAUGAACAUA